UGUUUCUUGUUUACUUAAGUCACAACCUCUUACGUAUAUAUUCCCCACUAAUGGUGGACAAAUUCAUAUAAUACAUCCCAAUUAACAUUUUCAUAUCCUCUUACUUUCUUUCUCUUCCACUUCGUCCAUGAAUUAAACUCAUCAUCAGACAUCAUGGUCUAUCGCAAGAGACUCAGAACUCUAAUCGGCAUCCUCAAAGACAAGGCCUCAAUGAUCAAAGCAACCCUCUGUAAUACAAACUCCAAUUAUUCCACCGCAUACGUGGCAGUCCUCAGUGCCACCACCCACGACGACUCCCCUCCUCCGCCUGAAACCAUUGCUGCCGUCCUCUCCCUCGGCCAAGGAUCCCGCCCCACUGCAUGCGCAUGCGUCGAGUCCCUCAUGGACCGUCUACAUGGCACCCAAAACGCCACCGUUGCAUUAAAAUGUCUUCUCACUGUCCACAACGUGUUGGCCAAAGGUUCCUUCAUAAUUAAAGAUCAACUCUCCAUCUAUCCUUCUUUUGGGGGCCGUAACUACUUGAAUCUGUCGACGUUCAAAGACCAUUCUGACCCUGAAAUGUGGGAGCUCUCGUCGUGGGUUCGAUGGUACGCGGGGUUUCUUGAGCAAAACGUCGCCGUUUCUAGGAUUGGUUCGGAUGGUGAUAAAGAGGAGAGGGUUCUGGGAUUGUUGAACUCAGAUUUGUUGGCUGAGUUAGAUGUUCUGAUUGAGUUCGUGGGACGAGUCAGUGACUCACCCGGUUCUUCUUUGAAUAAUAGUUUGGUGUACGAGGUUUUGAGAUUGGUAGGUGAGGAUUUUAGGCUUGCUCAACGCGAGAUUUUCGUCCGAGUUGUUGAAAUUGGAGAGAGAGUUGGAGAUAUGAGUUUGAGCGAGUUGACCUGGUCUCUCGACGCCUUGGAAAAGCUUGAGAGUUGUAAAGAGAGUCUGUUUUCGGUCUUUGUGAGAAAAAAUGAUGGAUUUUGGGAUCUAGUGAAGGAAUCAAGGACGAAGGUCGUGGCGAUGGUGAAGGAGAAUAGGGAGGGGAAGAUGCUGAUUAUCAAAGUGAAGAGCAUAGACGAGCCAAACGAGUUGGUUCGGUUUAGAAAUGGAUCAGCCGGGUCUGAACAGUUGGUCCGGUUUUCUUCCGGUGGUGGGUGGUUGGGCAUGAACCGGGGUUCCUGUAACACUGUAUCUGCAAUCGGAUGAGAGCUUGUACUCGCUUUUUUUAUCCUCCUUUGUAAUAAUUUUUUUAGAAAAAAUUAAUUUUUUUUAUAACUUUAUA